AUGUUGCGGCGUGUGCCCGUGUUGGGAUCGACGCUGCUGGCGAGCGUUGUUGUGACUGAAGGCGCUGCGCUAGUCAUGUCUGUGCGUGGCAACCACCACAGCCGUCAUGAUAGCAACAAAGAGGAGUUGGCAUCGCGGUACUUUGACCUGCAGGACAUUGAAGUGGACCGCUUGACGCACCACUACUGGGAUGAUGUGGCCUCUCCAUACAUCGACACGCUGCUGCUUGACGAGGACUUCAUGCAGGAGGAUGAUGCGGACGCCGCUGCGCAUGUCCUUCCGCAAGAGGACCGUCACUUGCUGUCGCGGGAAUAUCUUCAAGGAUAA